AUGGCCCGAAUCCGGAUUUCGACACUCCUUGUAGCCUUCCUGGCUUUCCCUCUCUCGACUUUCGCCGUCCCCACCGCCCCUCAUGUCGCUCGUCAAGACGAAGGUGCCGUCGAAUCCGCCCCCGCUGAGCUCCCCUUCCCCUCCGUCGUUCCCGCCGAGAUCCUCGCAGUCGAGCCUAUCCCAACCUCCGAGCCUCUCCCUGAGCCCACCACCGAAGCUCUCUCGACCGAUACUCCCGAAGUUAUCCCAGAGCCAUCGCUAGAGGAGGCCGCUGCCGAGCUCGAAGCUGCUCAACCCCAGCCUCUUACUGCCGACGCCAUCGGAGAGGACGGUGAAAUCGAGGCCCACUCGCACAGUGUCGAGUCGCUCGUCGAAGAUCCUGUUCUUCUCGCCUCUGUCAGCCGACAGUGUGUCAAAGGUGCCCAAUACCGAGGUAUCGCGAAGGGAUGGAAUGUUACGAUCGCUGGUAUUCCGACGUACUACUCCAAGCCACCCUUCAACUGGUUCAAGCCCUGGGGUACCCCCGACAAGGUUAUCCUCUUCUACUCCGACGUCUACAGCGUUUUCUCCCCCAACAACUUCAUGUUGAUGGACUGGUAUGCUUCCAAGGGUUACCACGUCAUUGGUCUCGACUACUUCUUCGGACAACCAGCUCAAAACUUCAACCUCACCGACCCCGUCGAGAUCGAAAACUGGGUGACUGCUCAAAAGGUCCAUGUUCCGGUAAAUGCCGAACUCAGACCGACACUUCAUCCAGCUCGCAACACCAAGUUUGUCUCUGUCGGAUACUGCUUCGGCGCUCCAUACUCCAUCGAAGCCGCUGCUACCAACAGCGUCUUGGCCGGUGCCCUCGCCCAACCCGCUUUCUUGACCGAGUCUCACUUCUACAACGUCCAGAAGCCCUUCAUGCUCUCGCUCGCCGAAAUCGACAUGACUUUCCCCACCGAGGCUCGCAAUCGUGCUAUGGACAUCCUCGCUGCUGAGAAGAAGGUUCACUUUGCCCAAAUCUUUGGUGGUACCGAGCACGGAUUUGCUACUCGUGCUGAUCUCACUGACCCUGGUGCUGCCUGGGCCAAGGAGACUUCCGCCAACUCCAUCCUCGACUGGUUCAACCGAUUCACCAAGUAA